CCUUCCGUCAUUCCACCAAAUUGACACUUCCCACUUCAGUCUCCAAACUCACAGCUCUUCUCUGCAUUUUGUGGCUGAAACUGUGACCAGGUGCAGAAAGAGAGAGAGAGAAAGAGAGUGAGCAACAACAAUGGCGACUACAAGAGUAAUAACAGCAGCAGCAAGCAAUACUACCUCUUCCUUAAUCUUCAAACGCCCUCCUUCUUCUUCUUCAUUUCAUAUUCUAAAGAGAUCCUCUAAUUCUCUUUCUCUCUCCUUCAAAAAACCAACUCUCUCUAAACGCCUCUUCACUUGCCGCGCUAUUUAUAGACCUCAAGAUGUUCUCUCUAAAGAACAAGGUCAGCCUGAAACCCUCGAUUAUCGCGUCUUCUUCGUUGAUACUUCCGGCAAGAAGGUUUCCCCUUGGCAUGAUAUCCCAUUGCAACUGGGAGAUGGUAUUUUUAAUUUUGUUGUUGAAAUACCAAAAGAAUCAAGUGCUAAGAUGGAGGUUGCGACCGACGAGCUUUACACUCCCAUAAAGCAGGAUACCAAGAAGGGAAAACUUCGAUAUUACCCGUACAAUAUAAAUUGGAAUUAUGGCCUAUUACCACAAACAUGGGAAGACCCAUCACUAGCCAACUCUGAAGUGGAAGGUGCAUUCGGAGACAAUGAUCCCGUCGAUGUUGUUGAAAUAGGUGAAAAGCAGCGGAAGGUUGGAGAGAUUUUGAAAAUCAAACCUUUAGCUGCUUUGGCUAUGAUUGAUGAGGGUGAACUUGACUGGAAAAUAAUCGCUAUUUCAUUGGAUGAUCCCAAAGCUUCUCUUGUGAAUGAUGUUGAGGACGUGGAGAAGCAUUUCCCUGGAACUUUAACAGCAAUCAGGGACUGGUUUAGAGAUUACAAAAUCCCAGAUGGAAAACCAGCUAACAAGUUCGGUCUUGGCAACAAGGCAGCAAGCAAGGAUUAUGCUCUCAAGGUCAUCACCGAGACUAAUGAAUCUUGGGCUAAACUCGUGAAGCGUAAUAUUGCUGCUGGGGAACUCUCCCUAGUGUGAGACGAUGCUCCCCUCGUGAAGAUGCCACAUUUUUUGCUUGUACUCUAAGAGUAGUCUUCUCUGCUGAGUUCUUGCUGGUAUUAACUUAAAACAUUCUUGACAUUGUUACAGAUUCAGAAUUUCCUUGUACUUUUAUCUUGCUGUGUUGAAAUUUUGUUUAUGUAUACUAUCUUGAAUAAUUAUGCACUUGUAUAAAAAGGUUCUGUCAAUUAAUAUCAA